GCCGGCGCUGCCCCCACCGCCCUCUGGCUUCACCUGCCCCUUCCCCCGGCCUGCGAGGUGACCCCCCGGCGGUGCGGGGCGAAAUGCGGGCAUCGCAGCGUCCGAGUCAUCGCCCGCAGAGGACGUACCUUAAAACUGUGCUAUGAAUGGUGAUUCUGGUGUGGGGGUGGUGACUUCACCACCUCCAACUACAGCCCCUCACAAAGAGAGGUAUUUUGAUCGAGUUGAUGAAAAUAAUCCAGAAUAUUUGAGAGAGAGAAAUAUGGCACCUGACCUUCGCCAGGAUUUUAACAUGAUGGAACAGAAGAAGAGAGUCUCCAUGAUUCUUCAAAGCCCAGCCUUCUGUGAAGAACUGGAAUCCAUGAUCCAGGAGCAGUUUAAGAAAGGGAAGAACCCAACAGGUUUGUUGGCAUUACAGCAGAUUGCGGAUUUCAUGACGACGCACGUACCAAAUGUCUACCCUGCGGCACCUCAGGGCGGGAUGGCUGCGCUGAACAUGAGUCUUGGCAUGGUAACACCAGUGAAUGAUCUGAGAGGGUCAGAUUCCAUCGCUUAUGAAAAAGGGGAGAAGUUGUUACGAUGUAAAUUGGCAGCUUUCUACAGAUUAGCAGAUCUCUUUGGCUGGUCUCAGCUUAUUUACAAUCAUAUAACAGCCAGAGUAAAUUCUGAGCAAGAGCACUUCCUCAUUGUACCUUUUGGACUCCUCUAUAGUGAAGUUACUGCAUCUAGUCUGGUUAAAAUCAAUAUUCAAGGAGAUGUCGUUGAUCGUGGAAGCACCAACUUGGGAGUAAACCAAGCUGGUUUUACCUUGCACUCUGCAAUUUAUGCAGCUCGACCCGAUGUCAAAUGCAUCGUCCAUAUCCACACGCCGGCAGGAGCAGCGGUUUCUGCAAUGAAAUGUGGUCUCCUGCCAAUUUCACCUGAAGCACUUUCUCUUGGGGAAGUAGCUUAUCAUGACUACCAUGGUAUUUUAGUGGAUGAUGAAGAAAAGGUGGUUAUUCAGAAAAAUUUGGGGCCUAAAAGCAAGGUCCUUAUUCUCAGAAACCAUGGCUUAGUAUCAGUUGGAGAGACUGUUGAGGAGGCUUUCUACUAUAUCCAUAAUCUAGUGCUUGCCUGUGAGAUCCAAGUACGUACCCUGGCCAGUGCAGGUGGACCUGACAACUUAGUGCUUUUAGACCCUGGAAAGUAUAAAGCCAAGUCUCGUUCCCCUGAGUCUCCAGCAGGUGAGGGUACUGUGUCCCACCCCAAAUGGCAGAUUGGCGAACAGGAGUUUGAAGCUCUAAUGCGAAUGCUCGAUAAUCUGGGUUACAGAACCGGCUAUCCCUAUCGGUGCCCUGCUCUGAGAGAGAAAUCUAAAAAGUACAGCGAUGUUGAGAUCCCAGCUAGUGUCACAGGGUACUCCUUUACUAGUGAUGGCGAAUCAGGCAUUUCCUCCCCCCUCAGACACAGUUUUCAGAAACAGCAGCGAGAGAAGACAAGGUGGCUGAACUCUGGCCGAGGGGAUGAUGCUUCUGAAGAAGGGCAGAAUGGCAGCAGUCCCAAGUCGAAGACUAAGGUGUGGACGAACAUUACACACGAUCACGUGAAACCCUUGCUGCAGUCUCUCUCGUCCGGUGUCUGCGUGCCAAGCUGUAUUACCAACUGCUUGUGGACUAAAGAGGAUGGACAUAGAACUGCCACCUCUGCUGUCCCUAACCUGUUUGUUCCAUUGAACACCAACCCGAAGGAGGUCCAAGAAAUGAGGAACAAGAUCCGAGAGCAAAAUUUGCAAGAUAUUAAAACUGCGGGCCCUCAAUCACAGGUUCUUUCUGGGGUAGUUGUGGACAGGAGUCUUGUACAGAAAGUAACUGUUUAUAAGGAUGCUCCCCUCUCAGACUGUACGGAAUCUAUUGAAGGGCUCGAUCCCACAGAGCAGGCCUUUAGUCCCGCUAAAUCUCUGUCUGUUAGAAAGGGAGAACUGGUGACUGCAUCAAAGGCAAUAAUUGAGAAAGAGUAUCAACCAAAAGUCAUAGUGAGCACAACAGGACCAAAUCCCUUCAACAAACUCACUGAUCGAGAACUGGAAGAAUAUCGCAAAGAAGUAGAAAGAAAGCAGAAGGGACCAGAAGAGCCUUCAGAAGAUGGCAGGCCACAGAAAGAGAGAAGCCCCCCUGAUCACACUUCAGCUCGCACUCCUCCCAGCACACCCAUUAAAAUAGAGGAAGAGACACGGCAGGACCAGACCUACAGAGAUGACAGUGAUGCUGCAACUUUCAAGCAAACCCUCCCAGAUCUCACCCCUGAUGAGCCUUCGGAAGCACUCGGCUUCCCUCCCUUAGGAAAGGAGGAAGGGAGAUGUGACCAAGAUGUGCCCAAAAGCCAAACAGAAUCACCUGCAGUGGAAAAUAAGGAACCCCAGUCCCAACCUGCUGAAGAGCCAGCAACACCAACAGCUGAGGAGGGGACAGCAGCUGAUGCAGGUAGUGAUGAAUCUCCAGGGAAGUCCCCAUCAAAAAAGAAAAAGAAGUUUCGCACUCCUUCCUUCCUGAAGAAGAGCAAAAAGAAGAGUGACUCCUAAAGGCCAACCCACUGCAGAAACACUGUCAUAUUUUCAAAUCCAUUAACCACUAGAAUGUACCAGAUCGUACUUGAGUGUUUUGUCUUACUAUGUAAAUGAAUGCCACAAGUAAUCCAACCAGCCCCUCAAAUUAUGGCUUGAUUGUUUAAGGUUAUAGCCAGAAACUAAUGUCCCAAAAGGUGCUAAUCCUGUGUGUUCAGCAGCUGCCACAGAUCUGAUCCCUAAUUUGUAAUCAAAUGUAAACGACUUCUAUAUGGAAGGCAUUGAUUCACUAUUUUUAAUUUAAAGCCUGCACUGCUUUGCAAAAGAAUAUAAAAAGUUCACAAUUAAAAAUAAAACACCCAUUGCUUACCACAAGAAGUGUUCUUUUCCAAUAUUCUGUUCCAAGUCACAAGUAAAUUUCUUCUUAAAUUUUGACUUUUAGAGAGGAUGCUUUUGCAGUGGUGUUCUCAAGGGGGGUGUAUUCUUGAACUGACAUGUAAACUUCUGCAAGCUUGUGACUACAGGCUGUGUUUUGGCCAAGCUUUGAGGCUCUCCACUGCUUCCUCUCUCUCCCUUCUGACUGUUGUAACAAAACAAAGGUGUUUUUCACUUUGUUUUAUUUUGUAACUGGCUGGUGAAAUCAUCUUUGUCUAGGACUGAAAUGACUGUGGUGUAUUCUGCUCACAUUGUGUGUUCAAAGAGCCCAAUCUUGGUUUGUUUAUUUUCUUUCUAGUGAAUUAUAGUUUAAGGGAAAUCUGUCUUUUGCCUCCCUGAGUCAUGUGGUGAUUUGGCUGUUAGAAAAGGUUAAAAAGUAACUGAAGUGAAAAUAUUUCAGAAGUUUUUCAGCUGGUGGUGUGGAGCAUGGGCAGGUGUAUUUUGGGCCUUAGCACCGGAUUUUUUCACCCUCUUAAAAAUCCCUUUGGUGCACACGCAACCCUGCUGUGCAUGAACCCCAUGUGCGGCCUUUUGUGUUUGUUCCUUCCCACUUAGAAAAAUGUAAAUGCAUUACACUGAGUAUUUCACCUUGUUUUAUAGUAAUUAUUUUAUCUUACAAAAGCUGGCUUUUCUCUAAAUCUUUUUGUUGUUGUUGCCAGCAGUAAAGUACAGAAAUCCCAAAUAACCUUAAAGGUGUAUUUUCACCGUUCGCUAUAAAUGUUUGUUAAAUGUGUAGCAUGGCAAAUCACUCUCGCCACUGAGUUCACUGUUUCCCAGUUAUUGCCAUGCUUCUGUCUAUCACUAAGUGUAAAAGUAGUUUAAGAUCAGGUAGAUCAAGCUUGCGGAAUUCUCCGGGAAGCGUGUGCUGUCACCUCGGCCAAAAGCCGGGGGUCAGUGGCCAUUUCUGGUUUCUAGACUUUGCAUUUCGGGUUUAACAGCAGCAAAUCCCAACACCCCAUGGGGGUGAGGGCAACACACUGACUCACAGUAAGUGUCUGUAACACAAGAGAACAUGGAUGUAACCUUUUAGGACAAUACUAAAUGUUGCAAUUGGUAAAAUAGCAGAGAACUAAUGCCUUACUUUCAUGCAGCAGAAAGCGCGGAAGGCCGGGUGGGUGGAGCGGCCGGAGGCAGCUCUGGGAGAGCAGCACAAGGCCUGUGUUGGGCUGGGAGGUGCCGAUGCCUCGGGCUGGUUUCGGGCAGUGGAGGGGCAACAGCCGGAGGUGGAAUUAGAGCUGUCAGGCUUCAGGUGAGAGAAGAGGUUUCGAGGUGAUCCUUGGUACCGUGAGAAGUGUGACGUGGCCUGUUGUGCGAUGGGUGGAGGGCAGGUGGGACAGAGCAGUCGGGCACUGGGCAGGAGCCCCGGAACAGCAGAGCUCAGGCAGGACUGCAUGGCACGAAUGGCUUUCAGCUUCUACUCUAACCUUGUAUGUCCUUGUACACUAGGAAGCAAACACCACUUAUUUUGCUAAAUUGUGUUUUAUGACAGGGUCGUAACUAAAUGACUAAUUGCUGUAUGUUUCAGUUCUUUACUGGAGUCCCUCCAUUUAUCUUGACCACAUAUGCAAUGAUUCUUAAUUUCUAAUUUUGUAGUUUGUUCUUUUAGUUCUUUGUAUUUACAAUAUGAAAUGUAGUCAUGUACGGUAUGGUUACACACUUUAGGGCAGAAUAAAGUCCUGUGUUUUUCUUUCUUGUAUCAUUAAGUUCUACUCACAAAUAAAACUCUUGAAAACAAAA